AUGAAUCAUGUCUCUCGCGCGUCGACCUCGAGCCCGCCGGCGAUGGCAUCGACGAGUGGCUCUGCUUCCCCACAACACGAAGACGGACGAACGAGAGAUGGAUCGGAAAAUGGAGACAACGGGGCCGAAUAUGUGCAGGAGCUCGCGCGAGAGGAUAUGAUGGAAAGCGACCCUCCACAGGCCGAGGGUACCACGCCUCCCAUGAACUUGUUUGGCGCGCUUGAGAAACAAGCUCGACAGAGCGAAGUCUACGAUUCCCCCAUUCACGAUGCAUCCCGUGAAACAAGCGAAGUCCGGCCGAGGGCUUGGGGCGUCAAUGCGGAUUCUGCCCCUACUAUGUUCAACAACCCACCAAAUCUGUCUAGAAUUCGCAGAGUCUUGUUCGAAUGCCGAGAUCCGAUUGAAAUCAGCCUCGAGGAAUUCGAGACAUACUGGCCAUUUAUUGAUAAUGUAUGGGUGAAGCAGAGGUCAAACGCAAGCAAGGAAGGCCACUGUACCACCGAUUACUAUAUGUGCCGGUUACGACGUCCGACACAUCGCACUUCCGAUACACGUCCCCUACCAGAAGGAAAACGUCCCCGCAAGAAACGUGUACGAGAAGGGGGUAUGUGCAACUUCCAGAUCAAAGUUGUUCGGUUUGAAGGCGCCUACUCAACGGUCACGAUCGCGAGAACUCCGGGGAGUAGCAGUGUCCACUCUCACGACCUCGACUACAUUGACCGAGUGAAGCGCAAUUCUGGACUUAUGGAAUUUGCGAGGAAGGAAUCUGUGAAAGGCUAUCUGCCCUCAUCGAUCUUCACCAAAUUUCAAGAGGAACCGGAUAAGCUUCAGGAAGCAGGAGGUCGGUUCCUCACCGUGACGGACGUGCGCAACGUCUCUGCCAAGUGGCGCAUUCAAAACCCGGAAGUGAAGCUUGUUCCUCACGAGGGCUACGAAUACCAGAAAGGACACGGGAUUGUGAAGUCUCAGAAUGCAGAUAGUAGCAAUGACGCCAAUCUACAGAAGCCCGCUCAGUCCAGGUCAUCCCGCCUGCUGCCCCCAGAUACUCUAUCUUUCCCCCAAUUCUCCCUCGACUUCCUUCAGCCCUAUCUUCCCGACCAUUCCGAGAAACGCGAGUUUCCCCAUGUUACACUCUCCUAUGCGUCUUCGAUGGACUCGAAGAUCUCACUAUGCCCCGGGAUGCAGACGGUAUUAUCUGGACCAGAGGCCAAAUUGAUGACCCAUUACCUGCGCUCUCGCCACGACGCGAUUCUCAUUGGCGUCGGCACCGUUCUUGCAGAUAACCCGGGACUGAACUGCCGCCUCGAAGGAGCUGGAGGAUUUGGCGGACUGGGAAGGAUGUGGCAACCACGCCCGGUAGUUGUCGACCCCAUGGGCCGUUGGCCUAUUCACCCGGAAUGUCGAAUGCUACGAACAGCCGUGGAAGGGAAAGGAAAAGCGCCGUGGGUGGUGGUGUCACCUGGAGCUCAGAUCAACCCGCAGAGGUUGAUGAUGCUUAAAGGUUACGGUGGAGACUUCCUGCGGAUUGUGGAAUAUAACCAGCAUUGGCGCCUGCGGUGGGAAGCCGUCCUCCGAGCCUUGGCUUCGGAGGGUAUCAAGAGCGUCAUGAUUGAAGGGGGUGGCACCGUUCUGAGCGAACUACUCAACCCGGAGUACACGAACUUCAUCGACUCGAUUAUCGUCACUGUGGCUCCAACUUAUCUCGGUCGCGGAGGUGUCGGGGUCAGUCCCGAUUCCAAACUGGACCAAGAAGGUAAACCCAAUGCCGCUUUGAAUCCACGCGAUGUGAAGUGGACGCCGUUAGGCCAAAACGUCAUCAUGUGUGGUAAGAUCCGCGCACAAGACAACCCAUGA